AUGUCACUUACAUCAGAGGUCGCCACUUCCCAGAGGAUAACGCGCGAACUCAGAAUAUGCGCCAUCCUCAAGCACAAAAACAUUCUCCCCAUUUAUGGUUAUACUUACGGCUUCGGCCCAUUCAUAGCGCUGGUCAGUCCUUGGGCGGAGAAUGGAAACCUGUCGUCCUAUUUGGAACGUGAGUUUGCAAAUCUUACUCUCGUUAGACGAUUUCAGAUUCUCAGGGAUAUUAUAGCUGGUCUCCAAUAUCUUCACGCUAACAGCGUCAUCCAUGGCGACUUCACUGGUCCUAAUGUGCUCAUCCAUGGCGAUGGCACUGCGUGUGUUGCUGACUUCGGCCUCUCCUUGAUGUAUUCGGAGAUUAUAAGCGCCUCCCAGGCUUCCUGGACAUCCACACUCAAGGGAAACAUGCGAUGGAUGGCUCCUGAGCUACUUGUACCAGAGCGGGAGGAUGGAUCUCUGACUCGUCCGAGUGAACAGAGCGAUAUUUAUUCAUUUGGUGGUAUCAUCUUACAGGUUCUCACCAACAAGAUUCCCUAUUAUUACCUGCCGAAUGAUGCAGCUAUUGUCCUAUGCAUAGCCAGGUCGGAAAAGCCUUCCCGACUUCGUUAUCCUGUGCUCCUGGAGAAGUAUUGGCAGUUUAUUGAGCAAUGCUGGUCUACCGAUCCGCGAGACCGUCCAUCGACAGAGGCAGCUGAGGGAGUAAUCAGGAAUGAAUAUUAUGCGCUAUCCAGAUCUCCUUGA